UAGGGGAAUGAAACGGUGGCGUUUAAUAGUACCCGCCUGAGAGAAGCUAGACGAAUGGGAAAGAGAAAGGAAAAUGCAUUGAUUUUGUAGCCUCAUCGACCAAUAGCCCAUCUCUUUUCUCCGCCUCCUCUCCUCUCCUCUCUCCCCAAAACAUACAAGCCCUAACCGAAAUCUCUCUGUCUAUCUCUCGAAUUCGCCAUCUGAUGAGAACAAAUCUCUAUAGAUCUGUUCCAACUGGUACCUUUGUUUUUGGAAUUUGAUUUGCAUAAUUUGUUCUUUUUCUUCUUUUCUUUGUUCGUUGAUAAGAAAUUUAUACUUGGAAACUGAUUGGGGUAAUCUCACCGGAUCGGAUAAUAGUUUCCUUUUAUUGUCUUCCUUUACCUUCUUAAUCUUUUUUCCUCUUUUUUUUUUAUAUUUUGGUUUUAGGAGCUGGAAUUUUUUGGGGGUAAUAUGUUGUUUUGGAGAUUAAUUCUCUGGUUUGAUUGUUUAGGAUAUUGGGAAAUUAAAGGAAAAUGAAAUCUGAAUCGAUUUUCUUUUCUUUUUCUUUUGACUUUCCAAAUGGGAAUAGGUCGAAAUCGAGCUGUUGACCUGGGUCACCCUUUAAAAUUCUUAUUGAUGAAAUUCUUUCUGUUGUUUUCCUGUGUUUUCUCUCCGGCCGAAUGAUGAAUGCAAUUUGAUAGUCUUCAAAUAUAUUUGAUGGAUGAUGAUUGUGCAGAUGGAUAAAAUGUCUGCUCCUUCAUCACGGGAGCGUGCACAACAUCUCUACGAAAAGAAUAUUGAGUUCGAGAAUAAGCGUCGAAGGUCAGCUCAGGCAAGAAUUCCAUCAGAUCCCAAUGCCUGGCAACAGAUGCGCGAGAACUAUGAAGCUAUAAUUCUUGAGGAUCAUGGUUUUUCUGAGCAGCACAAUAUAGAAUAUGUUCUUUGGCAGUUGCAUUAUAGGCGCAUUGAGGAACUAAGAGCUCACUUCAGUGCUGCUCUUGCUAAUACUGGCUCAAAUACAUCUCAGGGAGUGAAAGUUCCUGCUCGACCUGACCGUAUCACAAAAAUAAGGCUGCAGUUUAAAACAUUUCUUUCGGAAGCAACUGGAUUCUAUCAUGAUCUGAUCCUGAAAAUCAGAGCUAAGUAUGGUCUUCCUCUGGGAUACUUCUCUGAGGAUUCAGAUAAUAGAGUUGUCUUGGAAAAAGAUGGGAAAAAAUCAGCCAACAUGAAGAAAGGUUUAAUCUCUUGUCACCGCUGUUUAAUAUACUUGGGUGACCUUGCAAGGUACAAGGGACUAUAUGGGGAGGGUGAAUCAAAGACACGCGAGUAUGCAGCGGCUUCAAGUUACUAUUUACAAGCCGCAUCUUUAUGGCCAUCAAGUGGGAACCCCCAUCAUCAGCUUGCUAUUUUGGCUUCCUAUUCGGGAGAUGAGCUGGUGGCUGUGUAUCGAUAUUUUAGGAGUCUGGCAGUUGAUAAUCCCUUUACGACAGCAAGAGAUAACUUGAUUGUUGCUUUUGAGAAGAACCGACAGAGUUACACUCAACUGCUUGGGGAUGUUAAUGGAUCUGUGAUCAAGGAUUCAUCUGUGCGCAAGAAUAGCAAGGGGAGAGGAAAAGUGGAAGCAAAACUUGCAGUUAAGGACACAAACAUGGAAGCCAAUGUUGUCAAUGAAAGGACAUCUAAUAUCCGAGAGAUGUAUAAAUCAUUUUGCAUUCAGUUUGUCUGGUUGAACGGUAUUCUUUUCACGCGCACGAGCCUGGAGACAUUUGCUGAAGUUCUCUCAUCUGUCAUUGGUGAAUUCUGUGAGCUUCUUUCUUCUGGACCAGAAGAGCAGCUAAAUUUUGGUGCAGAUGCUGUUGAGAAUGCCCUUUUCAUUGUACGGCUCAUCUCUAUUCUUAUAUUCACAGUUCACAAUGUGAAAAGAGAAGCUUUGGGUCAGACUUAUGCAGAAAUUGUGCAGCGUGCUGUUCUACUACAGAAUGCACUUACUGCAGUUUUUGAGUUAAUGGGACAUAUGUUAGAGAGGUUUGUGCAGCUGCAGGAUCCUUCUUCAUGUUAUCUCUUGCCUGGCAUUCUUGUUUUUGUAGAAUGGUUGGCCUGUUGCCCUGAUGUUGCAUCAGGCAGUGAUGCAGAUGAGAAACAGGCCAAUGUGAGAUUAAAGUUUUGGAACUAUUUUAUAUCCUUCUUGAACAAGAUAUUGUCAUUUUGGUCAAUGUCUCUUGAUGAUAAUGAAGAUGAUACAUGCUUUUAUAACAUGAGCCAUUAUGAAGAGGGGGAAACUGGAAAUCGGCUUGCUCUAUGGGAAGAUUUUGAGUUGAGAGGAUUUUUACCUGUUCUCCCUGCACAAACCAUCUUGGACUUCUCGGGGAAGCACUCUUUUGGAAGCGAAGGCAGUAAGGAAAAGAUAGCUCGUGUUAAAAGGAUUUUAGCUGCAGGAAAGGCUUUAGCAAAUAUUGCUAGGGUUGAUCAAAAAACAAUAUUUUAUGAUUCAAGGAUGAAGAAAUUUGUUAUAGGUGUGGAGCCUCAAAUUUCAGAUGAUAGCAUUUUGAAUUUUGAUCCUGGCCUGCAAAAAACUAAUGAUGUGAUGCAAGAAAUUCAGCCUCAGAAAACCAUUAAUCUGGGAGUUUUGCAGCCUAACGCACAGCCAUACAUAGAAGGGGAUGAGGAGGAUGAAGUAAUAGUUUUCAGGCCGGCAGUGACUGAGAAACAAAAUGACGGGCUAAGUCCAAAAUGGGCCCCUUAUGAUGGCAUGAAACCGAGUCAAGAUGAAUCUGUUAAUCUGAAAUUUUAUGGAGGCUCUGUUUCAUCUCCUCAUGAUGUGCUGCAGCAUUCUGCUUUUGAUGCAGUUCUACAAAUAUCUGCAUCCACUGGUAUUAUUGCUCCCCAGCAUUUACAGCCAAUUCAACCACCUGCCUCAAAGUGGUUAAUGGAAGAAGCUGCUUUGCUUGCAAAUAGUUUGAAGGCUGUCAGGUUCAUGGAGAAUGGGCAUGUAAACGAACAUGAGUUGCCAAAAGAUUUAGGCAUGGCCAAUCCUACUACACAUUCACUUCCCAUCCAACAGCCUGCAAAUGUUAAUGGUAGUAUGUUUUACAAUCAGGCAAAAGUGCCUGAAGCUGUGAUCCCAUCAAAGAUUGAUUUUGCUGCAUCUUCUGGAGUUAUUGCUGAAAGUUUGGCUGUGAAGACAUCAGCAGCUUUGCCAGCAGGCUUGAGGAAAAGUCCAGUCAGUCGACCUGUAAGGCACCUUGGGCCUCCUCCAGGCUUUGGUCAUGGUCCUCUUAAACAAGUGAAUGAAAUUGUUACCAGUUCAGAUUUGAUGAGUGACACUUCACUGACAGAUGAUUAUAGUUGGUUGGAUGGCUAUCAAUUACCAUCAUCAACAAAAGGCUCAGGGCUCAAUAAUACCUCUACUAUCACUUCUCAAGCAAUGUCUCAGUAUGUCAAUAGCAGUAAUGGCUUGACUGGGACACUUAGCUUCCCUUUUCCUGGAAAACAGGUGCCAUCAGUUCAAUUACAGACUGAAAAACAGAAAGUCUGGCAUAAUUACCAACCCUAUGAGCAUCUAAGUGUACAGCAAGAGCAGCAGUUGCAACAGCAACUCUUAAAUGGAAAUCAGCAAUUUACUACAAUGCCUGAGCAAUAUCAUGGAAAUUCCAUCUGGGGUGGUCAUUAUAUUGUGUGAGAUGAGCAUAAAAGCAUAAGCAUAGAUGGUUCCGAGAAUGAUUUUGGUGAAUGUACUGCAUCCUCUUGCUACCAAAUAUGUACUCCAACUUUGCAGCCUUCGUCAAAUUUCAAAUUUUAAGUUUUUGUUGGAGCAUGGGUGGCUGUGGCUCCUUGUGGGGCCUUGCUACUGAACAUAUUUCGCUGAGCUCUCUUGCCAUGGGAAGACAAAUAUUGAACAUGUUUAUGAUGCGAAAUUCGUAAGAAGUUAAUACCUUUGUCUGGUUGCAUGGGUCCGAAUAGAAUGUUUAAUAAGCAACUGUUUGUUUUGGGCUUACAUUGGAGGAGUUGGUGGAAUAAACAUAUGGUGCACUCGCCAUUUUACUCGACUUUCAUCUUGCCCUAGCUGUCAGAACUGCUGGUGCUAUCAUUGGUUGGCAGGUGAUAAUUUAUCGUGUAUGUGAUUGGUUCUGUGCCAGAUAUCUUCAGAGCUCUAGUUGGAAGGGUGGUUAGAUAUGAUUUUGGCAUCAGAAGUUGGACAGUGGGAUUAAAUGGUAGUAUGAUAAAUGGUAGUAUGAUAUGAUAUGGUAUAAAUGGGAGUAUGGAAGAUGUUACGUGUAUGGCUGUAGUGUCUAGAUCAAAGACUUGUAAUGUUCUACGAUGCUGUUGUGUGAUAUCAUACUUUUACAGGGUAUGAGUAAAUUAGAACAGCGACUGAUUUUAGUUUGUGUUGAAGUUGGGUUUGACCCUAACUUCUGGGAAAUAAACUCUGGAAUACAUACUUCCUAUGUUGAAUUUUAAUGUUCAGUGUCCUAUGUUUUGAAGUUA